AUGGCUCCCACAAUUAAGGAGAAGACCGACUUGUGUCUGGCUGCCUUCAGGAGCCUCGCAACCAGCCUAAGAUCAGAGACUAGGGUUUCAAAUGAAUAUGACCGUCUUCAGCUCUGGAUCCAUGACGCGAGAGUCUGCGAUGGGACUCUGGACGAGGCCUUGAUCUCUUCUUCUUCACUCCGAGAACUGACCAUGAGUCUCCUUAAUGAGCUUCACGACCAACUCACUGCUCCAGAUGAAGAGUUCCUGGAGGAGGUGAAAGACAUCAUUGACAAUCUUGUUAGUCUUGAGCCGGCUUUAGGAUCACCUGCUCCUUUAGAUGAUCUCCAGUGCAAGGAACCUAGUGAAAGCCAACACGUGGUGGCUCCUACGGCAGGACUCUCUAAACUCACGACUGUAGCACACAAUUCCAACUUCCUCACCGGAAAGCCUGAUCUGGACAUUGUCAUUGUUACUGGAUUCGCUCACCUGAGCCCCUUAAUGAGGUUUACACAAGAUGGAAUAAGUGCACCUCAUUUAGAGUGGCUCGAGAGAUCACUGCCGGAGAUACUUGAAGAAAAUAGCAUUUAUGCCAGGAUGUUGACCUACGACUACGACGCGCCUCCACGCCGUCUUGGUUGGUCAGUCUCUUCGGUUGCACAGUACGAUUUUAUCGAAUUUUUCACCAGAGCGGCGAACAAUCUUGUCCGGGGACUCAAUAGGGCGAGGCUGAGUGACCCAGCUCGACCGUUAUUCUUCGUCAGCGAAGGGCUGGGUGUUAUUAUCACAAAGCAAACUGCCCUGACACUCGUCAAAGAGGGCCUCAGUGUCGACGUCCAUCGUCCAAUUUGUGGCUGCAUGAUUCUAGAAGAUCCAGAGGAAGCCUCUACUGAGUACUUCAAGUCAUCCAUGGAAAUUCACCCAUCGCUCGAUUUGCCGAGCGGUAUAAUCCGCGCACUCAUCUUGGAAGAUCCGAGAAUUAGAUUACAGGUGGGCCCAUUCGAGACGCUUGCUAAACAAUACGAUAUUAAGUCUGUGACUAUGCAAUUUCACCAGAGAGGCCCAUUUACUAUAAUUUCGGCAAAGGGGUUGAAAGAUGACGCUGAUCACUCGUGGAAUGUCAAGCCUGAUUUCUCAGAUCGAGAAGCAGUGCUGCCGAUCGCCCAUAUAAUUGCGUCAAUAGCCGGGAAAUCAAUCUCUGACCGUGCGGAUGACCUGGACGCAAGCCCGAUGAAAUUCAGGUUCCUAGGCGCAACUGCUGGAACUGCAAAUCAAAGUGAAGACCCAUUUGCCAUGUUGGUGGCUUACGACACAGCAAUUCUCAUCAACGAUGCCUCGCUCACCUCUCCUUCCGUUUGGACGUCCAUAAUUGAAAUUGUCAGAGACUGCGUUGACGUUGUCAUUACCUAUCGUGAUGAUGUGGACAUUCAACUUUGCAAAUCCGAGAGCACUAGCUUUAGUGUUACUGAAGGUGCAAAGGCAUCGAGGAUUCUUGGGGAUGUCAGCCCCGCUGGAGUUUCGUGGGACUUGGAUGCGCAGCUACGGCGCUACAUUCGAAAAUACAUUGCCAGUGACUUCAGUGUUCUGCCCGAAGGGAUGCUCCGUCCAUGCAAUAUGAUCAUCCUGACAGAACAUGCGCCAGAACAGGACCCAAUCUCCUUCAUGAAUGCUUUAUCGAAUGUCGUUGCCCAGUCGUCACGACUCCCAUUUGGUGACUUAAGACUUGGUGUGCAAUUUGUGUUACUUGGGAUAGACCCGCAAGCGAAUGCCUUUUUCAAACAGUUAGACGAUAUUGCUACCAUGAACAAAGCGUCAAAUGCUUAUCAACAAAUCGCGCCAACAUUUCGUCUGCCAGCUAAAUACAAAUCCAAUGCAGAAAUCUGUAAAAGAAUUCUCCUAGGCGCCAUAUCGCCUCGUUUUGCAGCAACGGCGUUUAGUGCCAAGGAAUCCUUGCUACCUGGUCACUCUCGAGAUGACGGAGAUAGUGCCAGUAUCACAGCGGGCUCAGAUUCUGCUGGUUACUCAGAAGCGCAAUGGAGCGACUUCGUACCAAGCACCUCACCAUCGACUGUGGAUGAGUCGAUGCUAGACUACAAUCCACCUCUGAUUUCCAUCGAGGCGAGCCCCGUUCUGGAAGCUCGGAAAGAUCCUAUGCCGAAGACACUCUACAAGAGAGGGCGCUCAUAUUCCAAUCCAGAUGUGUUUGGUUUAGGAGAGAUAUCUAGACUCCCCUCCCUUGCUGCUGAGAGUAGUGCGCGAAGUCAGAAACAUCCCGCAACAUUCCAGUGCCACCUUUGUCCUAAGAAGUUCACACGCGCAUAUAAUUUGAGGUCGCAUUUACGCGCGCAUAUGGACGAGCGGCCUUUCGUGUGUUCUGUUUGCGGUAAAGCGUUUGCACGCCAACAUGACCGCAAACGCCAUGAAGGGCUUCAUUCAGACGAGAAGAAGUUCGUAUGCCGAGGGGAGCUGGCAGUUGGAGGUCACUGGGGGUGUGGACGUCGAUUCGCUAGAGCAGAUGCAUUAUUUCGUCACUUCCAUUCUGAGGCAGGUCGUAUCUGCAUCAAACCCCUCCUUGAGCAAGAAGCCCGAGAAAAACAGCAGGGUGGAAUGGGCGAGAGCUCUAGCAGUGGAUUGGACGUUCCAUAUACACAACUCCAAGGUUUCCAGCUACCUGCAGCUCUUCUAGCUCAGUAUCCUGCGUUGCAGAAUGUGGACUCGAAGCAGGAACUCCCAGUAUCCAGUGAGGGGAGGGAAGAUCAUCUGGAGUCCGAUUUCUCUGACAUGUCGGAUGGAUCAACUGUUGGGGCCCGACGGUACGACUUUGAUGCAAUGGAGAUCGAGUGA